UCUACCGCUGUUUUGUAACCCUGCAGACAUCAGCAGGCCUCCACGCGCGUUUUCAACACUAGUGGGACUGUUGACAACUUGUUUUCGGACACAGUUCGUCCAGGUUUCGGAUGAAAUGUCGGUGUUUCACGACGAAGUGGAGAUCGAGGACUUUGAGUUUGACGAAGACACGGAGACGUUUUACUUCCCGUGUCCCUGCGGAGACAGAUUCGCCAUCACUAAGGAGGAGCUGGAGAACGGAGAGGAUGUGGCGACGUGUCCGAGCUGCUCGCUCAUCGUUAAAGUCAUCUACGAUCAGGACUUGUUCAUGUCUGGAGAAAUCAUCGAGGCUCCGACGUCAUCGGAGAACAAAGUGGAGCUGGCUCAGUCCUGACCCGCCUUCUCUGCAAAACCACAAAACACUGAUUAUUUAAGAGAAACAAGACAAACAUCAGUUUUAUUUAGUCGAUUUCUCACUUUUAUUGUGAAAAUGACGUCUGAGAGAAGAAACUCUGACAGCUGAUUAAAAUUCUCUUCUUGUCAAACUUCAAUUUAAAACAUAUCUGAAAAGGCUGCGUUCAGGAGCAGCUGGGAAACAUCAGAGUCGUCAGUAUCUGAUAUUUAUUUUCCUUUAUUGAUGAAGAAAGGAAACAAACAAACAAACAUCUGCCUGAGUAACAAAUGAAAGGUUUACUUCCUGUCCGUUAAAAUGUUGCUUUGUGUUUUCUGAGAAAACAAAAUGUGUAAAAAUGUCUGAUAUUAAAAUGAUAUUC